AUGGCUAUCUUAAAGAGAGGAGCUAGGAAGAAGGCACAUCAGGAGCCUGCCAAACGCUCUGCGAAUAUUAAGAAAGCCACUUUUGAUUCCUCGAAGAAGAAAGAAGUUGGUGUCUCUGAUCUGACACUUCUUUCUAAAAUCUCAGAUGAAGCUAUAAAUGAAAACUUGAAGAAGAGGUUUAUGAAUGCUACAAUCUACACUUAUAUUGGUCAUGUUUUGAUUAGUGUCAAUCCAUUCAGAGACCUUGGAAUAUACACAGAUGCCGUAAUGAAUGAAUACAAAGGUAAAAAUAGACUGGAAGUACCACCACAUGUAUUUGCAAUUGCAGAAUCUAUGUAUUAUAAUAUGAAAUCUUACAAUGAGAAUCAGUGUGUUAUUAUUUCAGGCGAAUCAGGAGCUGGGAAAACUGAAGCUGCCAAGAGAAUUAUGCAAUAUAUUGCGGCCGCUUCUAGCACUCACACAGAGUCAAUUGGGAAGAUUAAAGAUAUGGUUUUAGCUACUAACCCUUUACUGGAAUCUUUUGGUUGUGCGAAAACUCUGAGAAACAAUAAUUCCUCCAGACAUGGUAAAUAUCUAGAAAUUAAGUUUAAUAAUCAGUUUGAGCCAUGUGCAGGUAAUAUUACGAACUACCUAUUGGAAAAACAAAGAGUCGUGAGCCAGAUUAAAAAUGAAAGAAACUUUCAUAUAUUUUAUCAGUUUACAAAAGGUGCUUCCGACGCUUAUAGGCAAACCUUUGGGGUUCAAAAACCAGAGCAAUAUGUGUACACGGCGGCUGCAGGAUGUAUAUCAGCUGACACUAUUGAUGACUUACAAGAUUAUCAAGAAACUUUAAAGGCUAUGAGAGUUAUUGGGCUUGGUCAAGAGGAACAAGACCAGAUAUUCAGAAUGCUAGCGGCAAUCCUUUGGAUUGGUAAUGUAUCAUUUAUUGAGAAUGAAGAGGGAAAUGCACAGGUUAGAGAUACCUCUGUAACCGAUUUUGUUGCUUACUUAUUACAAAUAGACAGCCAAUUAUUAAUUAAGUCACUAGUAGAAAGAAUAAUGGAAACCAAUCAUGGUAUGAAAAGGGGGUCAGUUUAUCACGUUCCUUUAAAUGUUGUUCAAGCAGAUGCAGUCAGAGAUGCUUUAGCAAAAGCUAUUUAUAAUAACCUAUUUGACUGGAUUGUGGGUAGAGUUAACAAAUCUUUACAGGCUUUCCCAGGCGCUGAAAAAUCCAUUGGUAUCCUUGAUAUUUAUGGCUUUGAGAUUUUUGAGCAUAAUUCGUUUGAGCAGAUUUGUAUCAAUUACGUUAAUGAAAAGUUACAACAAAUCUUCAUUCAAUUGACAUUGAAAUCUGAACAAGAAACUUACGAAAGGGAAAAAAUUCAAUGGACACCAAUUAAGUAUUUUGAUAACAAAGUUGUGUGUGAUUUGAUUGAGGCAAGAAGACCACCUGGUAUAUUUGCUGCAAUGAAUGAUUCUGUUGCGACCGCCCAUGCCGAUUCAAAUGCGGCGGAUCAGGCUUUUGCUCAACGUUUGAAUUUGUUUACAACAAAUCCACAUUUUGAUUUAAGAUCCAACAAGUUUGUGAUCAAGCAUUAUGCCGGUGAUGUCACAUAUGACAUCGACGGAAUUACGGAUAAAAACAAAGACCAGUUACAAAAGGACCUGGUUGAGUUGAUUGGUACUACCACUAACGCUUUCUUAGCCACAAUUUUCCCUGAUACCGUAGAUAGGGAUUCAAAAAGGAGACCUCCUACGGCAGGUGAUAAAAUUAUAAAAAGUGCAAAUGACCUGGUGGAAACUUUAUCAAAAGCACAGCCUUCAUAUAUUAGAACAAUCAAACCAAAUGAAACCAAAUCACCUAAUGAUUACGACGAUCGCCAAGUCUUGCACCAAAUUAAGUACCUAGGUUUGCAGGAAAAUGUGCGUAUAAGAAGAGCAGGAUUUGCCUACAGACAAGUGUUUGAAAAAUUCGUGGAAAGAUUCUAUCUACUAUCUCCCCACUGUUCUUACGCUGGCGAUUAUACAUGGCAAGGUGAAACCUUGGAUGCAGUUAAAUACAUUCUACAAGAUUCCUCUAUUCCACAGCAGGAGUAUCAAUUAGGUGUCACUAGUGUCUUUAUCAAAACACCUGAAACACUGUUCGCUUUAGAGCAUAUGAGAGACAGAUAUUGGCAUAAUAUGGCAGCCAGAAUCCAGCGUGCUUGGAGAAGGUUUCUGCAAAGAAGAAUUGAUGCAGCUACUAAGAUUCAGCGUACUAUUAGAGAAAGGAAAGAAGGUAACAAAUACGAGAAGCUCCGGGAUUAUGGUACAAAGGUUUUGGCUGGGAGAAAAGAAAGAAGGUCCAUGUCUUUAUUAGGUUAUAGAGCUUUCAUGGGUGAUUACCUAUCAUGCAAUGAAUCUAAAUCUAAGGGCGCCUAUAUCAAAAGGCAAGUUGGUAUUAAAGAAAAGGUCAUCUUUUCUAUACAUGGUGAAGCUUUGCAUACAAAAUUUGGCCGUUCUGCACAAAGAUUGAAAAAGACUUUUUUAUUAACUUCGACUACAUUUUACAUUGUUGGUCAGACUUUGAUUCAAAAUGCAAUGACUUAUACACAAGAUUAUAAAAUUGAUGUGCGGAACAUCCAAGCGGUUAGCUUAACCAACCUACAGGAUGGGUGGCUUGCCAUUAAUUUGACUAAUUCAAGUCAGCCUGACCCAUUAAUUAACACAUAUUUUAAAACGGAACUAAUAACGCAUCUAAAAAAGCUUAGCGAUGGACUUCAAAUUAAAAUAGGUUCAACAAUAGAAUACCAAAAGAAACCGGGAAAGUUGCAUUCAGUGAAAAGUCAAGUCAAUGAAUCUGCCCCAAAGUAUGGCGAUAUAUAUAAAUCCAGCACAAUAUCAGUACGCCGCGGUAAUCCACCUAAUUCACAAGUGCAUAAGAAACCGAGAAAUAAGAGUUCAAUUUCUUCAAGUUAUCGUGCCAGUCCCUCACAGACAACGAAGAUACCAGUUUCGAAUACUCCCUUCCAACGCGUACCUGUUGCUCCGGCGUCUAGAAAUUCUAAAAAGCCUGCCCCUCCACCGCCAGGAGUGCAAAAGAAAGUCACUACGAAAAGUCGUGUUCCUACUUCUAUCCCUACCUCCUCAAAAGGAAAUGCCCGUCCUUCCCCAACUGCAGCCACAGCACAGGUCAAUAGACAGGAUAAUAUUCCGCCACCUCCUCCACCACCGCCACCAGCUUCGAAACCAAAAGAGCCCAUGUUUGAGGCAGCUUACGAUUUCCCUGGUUCAGGAUCACCAUCUGAGCUGCCUUUGAAAAGAGGUGACGUUGUUUAUAUCACAAGGGAAGAACCAAGUGGUUGGUCCCUUGGAAAACUUCUGGAUGGUUCUAAAGAAGGUUGGGUACCAACAGCUUAUAUGAAACCACACUCUGGUAAUUACAGUACUCCCACGCCUGCUCCUCCUCCUCAGAAGAGAACUGCUUCUCAACCUGUUCAAAAUCCUAUGCAGCAAAUUAAUACAGAAUCUGUUGAUGUUCUUUCAUCUGCAAACCAAGCAAGUUUGGGUGAUGGUUUGGCAAACGCUCUAGCUGCAAGAGCUAAUAAAAUGAGACUAGAAAGCGAUGAUGAGGAGGCUAAUGAAGAUGAAGAGGAUGAUGAUUGGUAG